AUGUCUUCCUUACAUGUUUCGGUCCUUAAUAAACCUUUACAUUCUUCUUCGUGUUCUUCUUCUAUGAAGAGAACCAAUUGUUCUAUCAAUGUCCCUAAACUACCUCGAGUCUCCUUGUCAGUUCCGAAAGUGCUAGCAUCAUCUAGGAAAAGCAUGGUUGAGGAGUUGGGAAAAUUUGCGGAAAAGAAUGAUACCAUCAAAAUACUACAAGAUGGUAAUCUAUGUAAUACAAAUUCCAAGCCCAUUAUUCAACUCUAUGCAAUAUUGGAGGCUGUGGCUGACAGAAUUGAAAUACAUACCAACGUUGGAGAACAACGCAACAAUUGGAAUACCCUCUUGUUAAACUCCAUCAACAUGCUAACGCUCACGGCCUCAACCAUGGCUGGUGUUGCAGGCACGGGUAGUUGUGAUGGUGCACCACUUUUGGCUCUUAAACUAUCAUCUGCUCUUCUGUUUUCUGCAGCCACUGGGAUGCUACUUGCUACCAACAAAAUCCAACCCUCACAACUUGCCGAGGAACAAAGAAAUGCAGCAAGACAUUUCAAGCAGCUUCAGAGACAGAUCCAAACCACAAUCGCUGUUGGAAAUCCCAGUGAAAGUUAUGUUAGGGAUGCUGUGGAGAGGGUUUUGGCGUUGGACAAAGCUUAUCCACUGCCUUUGUUAGGAGGAGCAAUGCUUGAAAAGUUUCCUGAAAAGUUUGAAGCUGCUAGAUGGUGGCCACAAAGUAAUUUGAACAAGGAGAAAUCACAAAUGGAGAUUAACAAUAACAAUAAUGGAUGGAAUGUGGAGUUGGAAGAGGAAAUGAGGGAGGUCAUUGAAGUGGUGAAGAGAAAAGACAUGGAGGACUAUGAGAGGUUGGGGAACAUUGCACUGAAGAUAAACAAGGGUUUAGCUAUUUCAGCACCUUUGCUCACUGGAAUUGCUGCACUGGGGUGUAUAUUUUCAGGAGAUGGAUUAGUUCCUGUGGUUGCAGGGGCCUUGGCUACAGUGGUGAAUGCUUUUGAGCAUGGAGGGCAAGUUGGAAUGGUGUUUGAAAUGUACAGAAACUGUGGUGGAUUUUUCCAGCUGUUGGAAGAGACAAUUGAAGCAACAAUUGAAGAGAAAGACUUGGAGAAAAGAGAAAAUGGGGAGCUGUUUGAAUUGAAGAUGGCCUUGCAAUUGGGAAGAAGUGUAUCACAGCUGAGAGAACUUGCCUCAAAAUCUGCUUCAUGUCGUAUAGAACAGAGGGAGAUAGAUGAAUUCGCCAGCAAACUCUUCUAA